AUGGUGCGAAUUUUCACAAUUUUUCAGAAUCAUAUAGUUUUAUUAUUAGGCAGCUCCACCUUCCAUAACAGCUCCAUCUGCUCCACUAGCAAUUGUACCUGUUCAACAAAUACCAAACAGUCCAGAAGAGGAUCAAGCUCUUUGUGCAACACUUGCCAAAAAAAUCAAAAACCAUUAUGGAGCAAUUGAAGAUCUUCGACAGGAAGAUCGUAAUAGAUGGAGAGAAAUUAAUAAAAAAUUGGAAAAAUUAGAGCAUGUGGUUGGUUUUUAUUUAUUUUUUUCAAGAGAAGUAUAUUUUUUGCAGAAAUCGAAAAAGGAUCAUCUGAAAAAAGGUUCUGGGCGGAAAAAAGCACCGAAAGUUGAAAGAAAAACUUCGUCUGAUGUGAGAAGCGAAAAUAAAAACGAGAUAGCUCCAAAAAAACAGGAUAAUAAAAAAGAAGAUAGUGUUAAUGAAAAAGAAGGUAAAAUCAAAUAAAUAGACGUAAAAAUUACUUUAGAAAUGUAUUUUCUAUAUUUCAGAUGAAGAAGAUUUGAAGAAAAAGAAAGACGAAUGA